CGUUUCGGCACCAAAUGGACUGACUAGUCCAGUGCCAAAUUUUGGAGUCGAAGGGUUUCAGUGCCGGAACGGUGCCAGAAUAGCGCCAAAUUUUUUCGAUACUGAAACGGCGCCACAUUAUAUUGGCUGUGUAGUGAACACUUGUGUACAGAGAACACCACUUCAAGACAAAUUUUACAUUGACUCCUGUAAAAACCCUCUCAGCUGUGAACACCCACCCACAAUGAACACUUGUUGUGACUCCAUAGGUGUUCACUAUACACAGGGCUUACUGUAUUCCCCAAAAUACCUCAAAUUGACAUGCCCAUUUUAUUAAAUAAAUAAACUAUGUAAUACAUAUAUUUAUAUGUAAAUAAUAUAUAAAUUGAUCAGUUGUUUGGUUUUAGGGAAUGUAGUGAUAAAGAAGAGAUACAUCAGCUGUAUGUUAUAAUGGAGACUAUAUUUGUUAUUAAUUAAGCACUA